AUGCCAUUCCCGCAUCCAGCAGCCCACAGCCCAGCGCCACCGCCGUCGCAUCCAUGGCCGUCGGGGGGAUCUUCAAAGGAUGACUCCGCGUCUCAAGGUGGGAUCAUCGCUGGCCUCGUCAUCGGCUUCGUGGCCUCCUUGCUCCUCUUCACCGUGGCGUGGAGCGUCUUCAAGGGGCACCGCAACAGCCGCGCUCGCGCCCGCGCCGCGGCCGCGGCCGCCGCUCGGCCGUGGCCACCGCCGGAACCUUACCGCCCACGCAGCGACGAAGAUCGGCAUCGCCGAAGCGCCAGCGACCCCAGCCAGACGGCCCGUCUGCCGGCGUUCACGUACAGCCCGUCCGUGAAGCACAACGUGGCGGGCGGCGGCGAGGAGGCGGCGACGUGCUCGGUGUGUCUCGGCGCGUUCCUGCUCGGUGAGACGGUCCGGCUGCUGCCGGUGUGCCUGCACCUCUACCACGUCGGGUGCAUCGACCCCUGGCUGGACGCGCACUCGACGUGCCCGCUCUGCCGCUCCGACACCGACCCGACGAUCGACGCCGUCCGGAUACUGCCUGUUUAGGCCUUCGUUCUGCCGGCGAGUGGCGUAGAUACGUGAGGUAUAGCCGCAGCACUACUGUAAAGAUUCGCGAGGAUAGUUGGAGUGUACACUCAUGCAUUUAUUUUGCUGGAGAUUAUUAUUUUACGACGUAGUACGACUUUGUCUCAAAC